AUGUCUUUGAUCAGUAGAAACAUAUUCAGAGCCUUAGUGCAGGGAUCACAGCAUGUCGGCAAGGGGGUGCAUACUAGUGCGGUAAACCACGACAAUAAAAACGUAUGUUUUGCGCCACAGUCAAUCAGUUCCCUGCAAGCUAAAGAGGGUCGCAUAAAAUGUACCCUAAUUCCUGGAGAUGGUGUCGGUCCAGAGCUGGUUUAUUCAGUUCAAGAAGUAUUUAAGGCGGCUGGUAUCCCAGUGGACUUUGAGUCAUUCUUUUUCUCCGAGGUGAAUCCAACUUUGAGUGCACCACUUGAAGAUGUUGUCAACUCAAUUGCGAAGAACAAGAUUUGCAUCAAGGGCAUCCUCGCCACGCCGGACUUCUCGCACACCGGCGAGCUGCAGACCCUGAACAUGAAGCUGCGCAACGCCCUGGACCUCUACGCGAACGUGGUCCACGUGAAGUCGCUGCCCAACGUCAAGUGCAGGCACCACGACGUGGACUGCAUCAUCAUACGCGAGCAGACCGAGGGGGAGUACUCCGCUCUGGAGCACGAGUCCGUGCCGGGGGUGGUCGAGUGCUUGAAGAUCAUCACGGCCGCCAAGUCGGAGCGAAUCGCGAAGUUCGCGUUCGACUACGCGGUGAAGAUGGGCCGCAAGAAGGUGACGGCCGUCCACAAGGCGAACAUCAUGAAGCUGGGCGACGGGCUGUUCCUGCGGAGCUGCGAGGAGAUGGCGAAACUGUACCCGCGUAUCCAGUUCGAGAAGAUGAUCGUGGACAACUGCACCAUGCAGAUGGUCUCCAACCCAAACCAGUUCGACGUGAUGGUGACCCCCAAUCUGUACGGGAACAUCGUGGACAAUCUGGCUAGCGGGCUGGUGGGGGGCGCGGGUGUGGUGGCCGGCGCCUCCUACAGCGCGGAAUGCGCCGUCUUCGAACAGGGCGCUCGGCACAUUUUCUCCGGUGCUGUGGGCAAAAACAUUGCCAACCCAACUGCUAUGCUGCUGUGCUCAGCCAACUUACUGGCUCACGUCAACUUGCACUCCUAUUCUAAGAUGAUCAAGAAUGCUAUCAAUAAAGUUCUCUCUGAUGGCAAAGUAAGGACAAAAGACCUCGGAGGUCAAUCAACAACCAAAGAUUUCACCUAUGCUGUCAUCCAUAGUCUCGCA